AUGAAAUUUAGACAAAGAGAAAUUAGUUUUCAGACAAAACACAGUUCUAACCUUUGGGAGAAAAUAGCAAAGAAAAAAAAUCAACAACGGUACAAUUCGGCUCAAAAGUGGGAACAGACUGACUUGGACUUCACAACAAAUUGCGUUUUUCUCAAUGAGUCAGCCUUUCCCAUUAAUUUGAAACGAGAUAUAGCUCGGUCAAAGAAAGAUAAUCCUACGAUAAUCACAGUACCUACGGCUAAAGCGAACAAGACAUCGAAGUUAGGAGCAAUAUCUGCUACCGGCUUAAUUAAUGUUAGCUUAAGAGAAAACUCGGGCGUGUGA